CACCCCCUCGAUUUUUCUCUCUCCUGCCCAAAUUUUCUCUCUCCUGGCGUUCUUCUCUCUUUCUUUUUUCUUGGCCUCAGAUCGCGAAAUUCGCGACCCAAAUCUCUCCCAAAUUCCUUCGAUUUAGCCGCUAAUUUCACUCCUCCUCCUUUCCUUUUUCCCUUCGUUAUCGGAUCAUCCGAAUCCGCAGCCUCCGAUCCGAUCCGAAUCUCUUGGAGGGAGAAAUUAGGGUUUCGUGUCCCCCAUAUCUAACUUUAGCCAGCGUGGACGAGCGAAAGCGGGCUGGAUCUAGGGUUUGAUGAGCUGCAGCAGCUGGUUCAGAUUCUAGGGUUUCGAUUUGGCGUCGAGGGGAAUUGAUUGAUUGGGGGGAAAUAGUUGGAAUUGAUGGUUCAAACAAGGAGGGAAGAUGAUGAAGGGAUAUGCAUGGAAGGGGAAGUGAGAACUGGAAGCGGCGGAGGCGGCACAUGUGGCCUGUCCCUGCUCCGGGACCACCAGUAGUCGUACGGUCGUCUUCAUCAUUGUAUCCGUCGUCGGAUUUUUCGAUUCAAGGGUCGGUCGAUUCGUUUGUCAAGGACGGCCGCAAGAUUCAAGUGGGAGAUUGUGCACUUUUUCAGGCUGGCAACGCCCCACCCUUUAUUGGAAUUAUAAGGUGGUUUACAGCAGGCAAGGAGGAUUGUCUUAAGUUGUGUGUAAAUUGGCUAUAUCGACCAGCUGACAUUAAGCUUGGGAAAGGCAUAUUACUGGAAGCAGCACCAAAUGAAGUAUUUUACUCGUUCCACAAGGACGUGAUACCUGCUGCUUCAUUGCUUCAUCCUUGUAAAGUUGCUUUCCUUCGUAAGGGUGUUGAACUUCCUUCAGGGAUAUCAUCAUUUGUUUGCAGGCGAGUAUAUGACAUUGCAAACAAGUGUUUAUGGUGGUUAACAGACCAGGACUAUAUCAAUGAGCGACAAGAAGAAGUAGACCAAUUAUUGGACAGGUCACGAUUAGAAAUGCAGGCAGCAGUGCAAUCAGGAGGGCGUUCUCCAAAAUCAUUGAACGGUUCCACAUCAACUCAGCAGUUAAAAUCUGGUACUGAGAGUGUACAGAAUAGUGGCACUGCCUUCCCUUCCCAGGUGAAGGGGAAGAAGAGGGAGAGAGGGGGUGAUCAGGGAACUGAACCUAUAAAGCGAGAACGUCCUACUAAGCAGGAGGAUGGUGAACCUCCUAGUUCUAGAUUUGAAGUUAUGACGAAAGCCGAGAUUGCAAAAAUAACAGAAAAAGGAGCUCUAACAACUACAGAAAGUCUUGAGAAGCUGGUGCAUCUUAUGCAAAUUGACAGGACUGAGAAAAAAAUUGAUCUGGCUGGUAAGAUAUUGCUUGCAGAUGUGAUUGCUGCUACUGAUAGAAUUGAGUGCCUUAGUAGAUUUGUUCAGCUUAGAGGUGUGCCUGUUUUGGAUGAUUGGCUUCAGGAGGCCCACAAAGGGAAAACUGGCGAUGGGAGUAGUCCGAAGGAUAGUGAUAAAGGUGCUGAUGUGCUUCUCUUAGCUCUGCUUCGAGCACUUGAUAAAUUACCAGUAAAUCUUAACGCUUUACAGACUUGUAACAUUGGCAAGUCUGUGAAUCACUUGCGCAGCCAUAAAAACCUUGAUAUCCAGAAGAAAGCCAGGAGCCUUGUUGACGUAUGGAAGAAACGAGUUGAUGCAGAAAUGACAAAGAUCAAUGAUGCAAAGAUUGGUGCAUCAAACCAGGCUGUAACAUGGGCCGGAAAGUCAGGUAUUCAAGAAGUUCCUCAUGCUGGAGGCCGGCGGCCUGGAUCAACUGAAGCAACUAACAAAACUGCUAAUACUCAGGCAUCCAUGUGUAAAACUCUAGUAGGAAAGCCUGGCAACACAGAUGCUAUUGUGAAGUCGACACCAGUAGCAUCAGGUUCUUUGAAGUUGCCAUCACCUUCGCAUGCAUCCCUGUCAAUUAACUCGAAGGAUUCACCAGGCAAAGGAGCUGGUAAUAGUGGAAAUUCAGAUUUGCCUCUGUCUACAGUGAAAGAGGAGAAGAGCAGCAGUUCCAGUCAGUCUCCAAACAAUAGCCAGUCUUGUUCUAGUGAUCAUGCUAAGACAGGUUCUUUGUGGAAGGAGGAUGCUAGGAGCUCGACUGCUGGGUCAAUGAGUGCAAGCAAGACUUCUGGCAAUUCUCGCCACCGUAGGCCGGGCAAUGGGUUCUCGGCCAGCAGUGUUUUUGGAGUUCAGAAGGAAAGUAAUCUUACUAAGUCGGUCUCUGUUAACAGGAAUACAUCUGGGGAUAAAGUCUCUAGUCAGUCUGGAUUGUCAUCUGAUAGAGCACAUGACAUGCCCAGUGUGGAGUAUGGCAAUAGCCAUAGGUUGAUUGUUAGGCUUCCUAAUCCUAGUCGUAGCCCAUCACGAAUUGCAAAUGGUGGUUCUCUCGAGGAUCCCUCAAUUGCAGGUAGCAGAACAUUCUCUCCUGGUGCUCCUGAUAAUUGUGAUCAUAUUGAUCGAAAAAUAAAAUUAAAAGGUGAUGCUUGUCAGUCUCAUAUUUCCAUGGACGUGAAUGCAGAAUCACCGGCAGCUGUUCUUGAUGAACAUAGAAGUGCUGAUGAAACAGGGAGGGGGCAAGACGUUUCUAGAGCUCCCUGUUCAUCAUCUGGUAAUGGGGAGAGAGUCUCGUUAAUUGAACCCAGAUCAAGAAAUUCCUUCAGCUCUAUAAACGCGCUGGUCGAAAGCUGUGCUAAGUACUGUGAAGCUAGUGCUUCUUUGUCAGCAGGGGAUGAUAUUGGAAUCAAUCUUCUCGCUAAUGUGGCUGCUGGAGAAAUCUCUAAAUCGGACUUGGCUUCCCCUUCUGCAUCUCCUAAAGAGGAACCUUGUGCUGCUAACGACGAGGCUAAGUGUAGAUUUUCAUGUGAAGAUAGUGUGAUGCUGAAUCAUCACCAGUCUGAUGAAAUUCCAGAUGUUGACUCCUCAAAACAAGGGAAGAGUGACAACAAAGUUGUCGCCCCUAUUCGGGAAAAUAAAUUGACAAGCAUAAAUGAAGAAUUGGAGAGCAGGGUAGCCAAUCAGUCAACAGUGGAUGAUAACAAACCAGGUGAUUGCAGUGAUGAAAAGAUUGCAGAAAGCAGUACAAAAGCUUCUGAUUUAGUUGGCAACACUUUGGGUGAUGGGUAUGACAAUGACAUUCCCGCUACUGAUAGGAAACCUGAUAGGUUGGUAGCUGAGGAGUUGGUGCCCUCUGCUCCUUCAGUUACUGAGGUGUCUACUGGUGCCACCUUCAAAGACCAGCCACAAUCUCCUAUUGUGGAAAAUGAUUCUAAGGAUGCUGAUAGAAUUUGCAGUGAUCCUAAACCUUCCUCCAUUGCCCAUAAGGUUUCUAUUUCAGAAAUUGCUGAUGUGGGCACGAUUAAGAAAUCAGAUAAAGUGGAGGAUAAUAGCUCAAGUCCUAGUAACAGUGGGAGGAAAGAACAAACUGCUCUUUCUCCUAGAAGCAAUGCACAGGCUGAAUUAGCUGCAGUUUCUCUUGAGACCUGUUCCCGGGUCAAUGAGAUUCUAAACAAGAAGAAGGCUCCUGAAUCAGGUGGUCGUGAGCCAUUGCCAGCUGUUCAAACUGAAGAAUCCGAAAAAUGUGGUAAACCUAUUGCUUCUAAGUCUGGAGCUGAACCAGAUAAAAGGGGGGAAAUUGCAUCUCUUGCUGAUGCCUCAUCUGCUUUGUUUGCUUCUGAGCCUGAUAAAGGGGCAAAGCUUGACUUUGAUUUAAAUGAGGGUUUCUUGGGAGAUGAUGAGAACCAGAACGAUCAUCUCAUCUCUCCUGCACUAGUUUGUUCCCAUGCAAUUCAUUUGCCCAGUUUUUCUCCUUUUGCACCUGUUUCUAUGUCAAAUGGUGUGCCUGCUCCAAUCACAGUGGCUGCUCCUGCAAAAGGUCCAUUUGUGCCGCCUGAAAACUUAUUGAAGAGUAAGGGGGAGCCUGGAUGGAAAGGUUCAGCUGCCACCAGUGCGUUCCGUCCAGCAGAACCCCGAAAAAUCCUGGAGAUGCCUCUCAAUACAUCUGAUAUACAUUCAUCUGAUACUUCUGCACUGAAACAGGGACGCCCUCCUCUAGACAUUGAUCUUAAUGUUGCCGACGAAAUUGAAGACGGGGCCUCACACAGCUCUCCGCAGACCACUGGCUCUAGCAAUCGUGAUGCACCCACACGUAGCUCUGGUGGUAUAGAUCUCGACUUGAAUAAAGUGGAUGAAAGUGCAGAUAAUGGGCAUUUCUCAGCUAGCACCAGAAGUAGAUCAGAAGUCUCACUUAUGCCAGUGAAACCAGCAUCUGGAGGAUUCCCCAAUGGGGAGGCGAAUAUGUUAAGGAAUUUUGAUCUAAACAAUGGACCUGGAACUGAUGAAGUCGGUGCAGAGACUCUAUUAAAACCUCAGCCUUCAAAGAAUAGUAAUAACAUGCCAUUCUUGCCGUCACUCUCUAACCUCAGAAUGGGCAAUAUGGAAAUGGGCAAUGUUUCAUCAUGGUACCCCCCUGGUAACUCCUACCCAGCUGUUGCAAUACCGUCAUUUUUUCCUGAUAGAGUAGAGCAGACUUAUCCGAUAGUUGCAGCUCCUGUAUCUCAGAGGAUUUUGGGUUCGGUUGCUGGUGAUGUUUACAGGAGCCCAGUGCUUUCAUCGUCUCCAACCAUGGCUUUUUCCCAUGCUCCAGCAUUCCCGUAUGCUGCUGCUAGCUUCCCUUUUGGCACUAGCUUUCCUCUUGCUUCAACUUCUUUCUCAGGUUGCCCUACGACGUAUGUUGAUUCUUCACUGGCUGCAGCUUCCUGCUUUCCUGCGAUUUCUUCUCACUAUACGAGGCCAUACAUGGUGAGCGUUCCUGAAGGAAGCAGCAAUGCUGUAAAGUGGGGAAAGCAAGGCCUUGAUCUCAAUGCAGGUCCAGGAAGUGUAGAUGUAGAUGUAAAAGAGGAUAGAUUACUACCUUCAGCAUCGUCAAGACAGCUUCCUAUUGCCAGUUCGCAAGCAUUUCUAGAGGAGCAGGCUAGGAUGUAUCAGGCAUCAGGUGGUGGCAUAAAGAGGAAGGAAAGAGAAGGUGGCCCUUGGGACGAGAGAUUUUACAAGCAACCCUCAUGGCAGUAGAAGAGACCUCAAUGGGAUGCAUUAAUCUUUGAUGAGUCUCGGGUAAGUAUUUUCUUUCUUUUACUAAUUGUAUCCGGGGUUAAUUGCAGUUUGCACCCUCUUCACUGUUAGGGAGCUAGUCAGUUGUUACUCCAACAUUUUAUUGCGCUUGGAAUGAAUCUAAGAGUGAUUCAAUAUCAAUAAGAGGUGUGCCUGAUUGCCUGGGACAGAUCGCCUGAUGUCAACAUAGAGUUAUCUCUUUGUUAUCCCUAGGGUUGUGUGAUCAACCCCCGUAAUAAAAAUGGAGAUCUGUCUGCAACGCAAUGACAUGUCAGGAGAUCUCUCCGCGACACAUUGAUGUUACAUGCGAUGUACCAAUAAUGAGAAGAUAACUCCGUUUGGAUAUCAGGGGAUUAAGUGCUAAUAAAAAAGUUUUAAGGGACACGGGGCGGGUGUGCACACUUCUCUUCAUGGUUGGUCAUAAUUUAAUAUAAACAAAGAAAAAAGGGCAUGCUUCCCGGUGUUUGCCUUGGGUAUGAUGUGGGAACACAAGAGGAAAUCAUACUUUACUGUAAUUCUUGUAAAUGUUGAGAUAUCAUGCUCUCCUCUGAAAUGUUUCAUAGUUUCAGCAAUUGCCUUGUCCCUUUGAUCGUUC